AUGGGAAUUUGGACUCAUAAUAAUAGUACAAGUACAUCACCAAAUAUAGCAUCAUUAAAUCAACAGCAACAACAACAACAACAACAACAACAACAACAACAACAACAACAAAGUAUUACAUUACCAUCAACAUUAGCAUCAGUUAAUGAAUUAUUAGAGGAAGCAAUUCAACAAAAUUAUGAAGUGAUUGAAUCAUGGAUUAGUAGUAAUCAACAACAUUUUUCAAAUGUUUAUGAUACAUUGGUUUAUAUUUAUUUAGAUCUUGAUAAUUUUAGAGUUAGUUCAGUUUAUAGAAGUCAUCCAACUUAUAAAACUUCAAAAAAGAAUCAAUGUGGUUUCACUUGUAUUUUUUCUGGUAUUGGAAAAUAUACUAAAUUAACCCAAUCAACUUUUUAUUCUUCAAAUAAUGGUAUAACUUUUUAUAAUAAUCCAAAUGUUUCAAAUUUUAUGUUGCCAAAUAAUAAUAUACAAUCUACUAAUAAUAAUAUUAAUAUUAAUAGUAAUAAUAAUAUAACAAAUCAAACUCAAUCAAUGUAUAUACCUCAAACAAAUAAUAACCAUAAUAAUAAUAAUCAUCAUAUAAGUGGUAGAGAAUCACCACAUUUACAUGAUUUUUCAUUAAAUAAUAAUAAUAAUAAUAAUAAUCAAAAUAAUAAUAAUUUAUAUUUUAAUAAUUUUAUAAAUAAUAAAAAUAAUGUUUUUGAUUCAGCACAUUUUGUAUUGGUUCAUAGUGUAAAUAGAGCAUUGGAUAGAUUAAUUAAUACAAUUAUAACACAUACAUUAGCAUAUGAUCAAGUGAUUUCAUAUAAAAGAGGUGAGGGAUUAGAUUUUCCACACAUUCAAUUAUCAAGUAAUCAACAUUUUCAAUUAUCACCAAAACAACAACAAAUUCAAUCAAGAAUUCAUAAAUUUCAACAAAGACAAUUACAACAACAACAAAAUCAAAGAAGUACAUUAUUUAAAUUAUCAAAUGAUAGUGAUUCAAGUAUAAAUAAUAGUACGAAUGCUACUACUACUAUUAAUAAUGAUGAUAAUAAUAAUUUAACAUCAGAUGAUGAGGGUGUUAGUUCGAUAUUAUUAUCAAAUGAUGAAAGUGGUGGUGUUUGUAAUAUGUCCCCUGAAUUACGUAGUUGUAGCAGUACAUUGAGUGGUGAGUCAUCACCAAGUUAUUCCCCAAUUUUGUCCAGUAAUUCAUUACAUAAUACAAUUGAUGGUUCAUUUGAUUUCUCUAAAAAAGUUGUUAUCCCUCCUAAAAAGACUUUGGAACGUUCAAAUACUUCACCAUUAUUAUCCUGUUCUUUAGAAUUUUUAGGUUCAAUUAAUACUGGUAAUUCAACUACGACAACAACUACUACUACCACUACAACCACUACUACAACAUUGGCUAAUACUUCCACAAAUUCAAUGGUUAGUGGUGAAUCAUUAUCUUCAAGUUAUUUAGUAUCUGCAUCAUCAACACCAUCUUUGUCAUCAUUAUUACCAUUAACAACAAUAACAACAACAUUACAACAAACAUUAUUACCAAUACCAACAUUGUCAUCUUCACCAUCAACUACAAAUACAAAUACAAAUACAAAUACAAAUACAAAUACAAAUAUAAAUACAAAUACACCUUUAUCAUCAUCAAAUACAACAUCAAAUGAUAAUAAUAAUAAUACUAAUAGUAAUGGAUUAUCACCAAGAUUACCAGAAAAACCAAAAGAUUCAGCAAAACCAAGUGUUAUUCAAGCUAAAUUAAUUGAAAUCUCAAGAGAAGUUGGUGAAUUACCUUCAUUAAAUAUUAGUGAAACAAAUGAUGGUAUGGGAAGUGCCUGUAUAGCAUCAUUAUAUGGUUGGGAUUUUGAAAAGAAACAACAAUUUGGUACACCAUUUGCUGACUGUUUUUGUAUUACAACCGAUGCUCAUCCAAUGAUAAAGGCAGUACUUUCAGUUGCUGAUGGCUCUGGUCAUGGUGAAGAUCCUAAAAGGGCUGCCCAAAUGUCAAUUUUAGGUGCUAAUCAAUACAUUGAAAGUUUAUUCGACCAAGAUAUUCCAACAACUAAUGAUCUUUUAACGGUUGUCGGUAAUUCAAUUUUUGAAGGUCAUAAACGUAUUAUUGAAGACGAAUAUUAUCAAAAUCAAGAAAUUCAUAUUGAACCACGUGGUGCCACUACCUUUUGUUUAGGUGUUCUCUCUAAAAGUGUAAAUGAAAAUUUAAAUAAUAGUUUAAUAAAUUCAAAUACAAAUAAUAUUAUUUCAAUGAAUCAAAAUAAUAAUUCAAAUAAUCCAAAUAAUUCAAAUAGUCCAAAUAAUAGUACAAAUGGAGUUUCAAGCUCUGAACAUGUAAAUCAUUUUAAAAGUUAUAUAAAACCAUCAAUUCAAACAAGACCAAGAAAAAAUAGUAAAAAUAAUACCACUCCAACUCCAAAUACCACCAUUGCUACCUCAACUACCGCCACCACCUCCACCACCACUAAUAAUGAUACUACUACUAAUACUAAUAAUAAUAAUAAUUCUUUAACAAAUGGUAUUGAUUCACAAUCAAAACAACCACAACAACAAUCUAGUGGAGAAUCAUCACCACAACAUUCAAGUCCAAUAAUUUCAUCACAAAGAUGUAUAUCAACAUCAACUGAACCAAUUGUUAUUCCAUUCAAAAUCAAUAGAACAACAUCAAUGGAUUCUGAAAUUUCUUCAAUUCUCUCUGAAUCACCUGAAUUGGUUGGUGGUUUCUCUUCUCAAAGAUUUUCAAAUUGUAAUGAAAAUGAUAAAUUUACACCAAGAGUAUUAGAAUUAAAUUAUAAUAAUAGUAAUGGUAAUAAUAACAGUAAUCAUAAUAAUCCAUUCCCAUUACCAGCAUCUGCUUAUCCAGUUGCUCAACCAACAUCAACAUCAACACAAACACCAGCACCAAUAACAUCAUCGAAAUCAACAUCAUUAUCACAAAUUAGAAUUGAAAAUAGUAAUCAACUAUUUCCACUACCACCACAACAACCAAAUACCAGUAAAUUAAGUUUAUCUCCACCUCCAACCCCAACAGCAAUUCAACCACCAAUUUCAACAUCAACCACAACAUUAUCAACACCAAAAAGCACUGUGCCACCAAAAUUACCACCAAACACUUUACCACCACGUCCAUCAAAUUUAGUUAUGGCAAAUUCAUCUGUAAAUAAUACUAAUAAUAAUAAUACCAAUACCAAUAAUAAUAAUAAUAAUAAUAAUAAUAAUAAUAAUAAUAAUAAUAAUAAUAAUAAUAAUAAUAAUAAUAAUAAUAACAAUAAUAAUAAUGAAAUUUAUGCACCAUGGAUAUUUGUAAUUGGAUCAGUUGGAGAUACAAAAGCAUUUAGAUGGUGUCAUAGAAAUGGUAAAAUCACAGAAAUUACCAAUAGAGCUAAGAAUAUAAAUGUUAAUAAUCAACCACAACAACUUGUAAAUAGUCAAUUAUCAACUUCAUCAUCAUCAUCGUCAUCAUCACCUUCAUCAUCGUCGUAUUCUCCACAUCAUUCUUCAUCUUUAUCACAAUCACCAUCACCAUCACCAAUUAUGGGUUCAACCUAUUAUGGAUCAUCACCAUCAUCAUUAUCUCAAAGAAAUUUCAAUGAGGCAGGUGGCCAAUUGGGUUGGAUGUGGGGUGGUGAUCAAGAUAAAAGUUGGCCAAUUGAUGCUCCCUCUUAUCCAACCAUUUCUGGAAAUGCUCAUGAUAAACUUAGAGAAGAGUUAUUAAAGGCUAGAAAUGAGAAAUGUAAACCACUUCUAACUAAUCUUCAUUUUGCAAUGGCUUUGGUUUCGCCUGGUGAUAGAAUUUUCAUAGUUUCAGAUGGUGUAUCUGAUAACUUUUUAAAUUUUGAAGAUUCAACCACCACUUCUUCAUCGCCUUCAUCGACAAAGGUUAAAAGUACAAGAGAACAAAUUGAAGAAAAUAUGACACAAUUCUUAAGUGAAUUACCAAAAGAACAACUCUCAACUUGUGAAUCAAUGUCACAAGCAAUCAUAACUCAUUGUAUAGAAAAAACUGAAGCUUUUCGUUUACUUCAAGAGGAAAUCGCCAAAUUACUUUUAAAAAUGAAAGAAAUCGAAAAAACCACAGAUUUCAUUAAAGAUCCACUCUAUCAAACUUAUAAAAAACAACAUUCUCAAAAAACUAAUGCACUCAGAAAAAUCAAAAUUGGUAAACCCGAUCACUCUUCAAUUGUAAUUUAUGAAGUUCCAAACGAAUAA